AUGGCUUCGUUAGACAACACAAUAGCCUUCAUUGGCCUAGGAGUAAUGGGUUAUCCCAUGGCCGUCAACUUGCGAUCCAAACUUCCUUCAUCCUACAAAGUACUCAUCUGCGAUGUUUCAUCGGAAGCACUGUCAAAGUUUCAGACCGAAGUGUCCGACAAAGGCCCUGUGGAAGUGGUAAAGAGUGGAUAUGAAGCAGCACAGAAGGCAAACACCGUAAUCACAAUGCUACCAACGGCCUUGUCGGUCGAGAAAGUCUACCUCGACCCCACGACAGGCGUACUUGCGGGCGUACUCGAGGCGUCCAAGUCGAACCCUCAAAAGAAAUUGAUCAUGGAGUGCGGGACGAUCGAGACAGCCACGAUCCUCAAAGUCUCCAAGGCCGCACAGGAAGAAGCCGCCAAACUACCCAAAGGUGCGCAGCUUGAUUUCGUCGACGCUCCCGUCUCAGGUGGCCCAAUGGGUGCACAGGCAGGAACAUUGACCUUCAUGGUUGGUGCGGCCCACAAGGCCGCAUUUGAGCACGCCAAAGAAUACCUGCAGCACAUGGGAAAGAAAGAGAGCGUGUUCCACUGCGGAGAUGUCGGCGCAGGGACUGCAUUCAAGGUCAUCAACAACUACCUGAGUGCCAUUACGAGUCUCGCGGCGAGCGAGGCGUUGAACAUCGGCGCCAAGAUGAAUCUCGAUCUCAAGCUCCUCACAGACGUGAUCAAUGUAUCGGGAGGGCAAUGUUGGGUGACGAGUCAAUCGAACCCCGUCCCUGGCAUCCAUGCCAAUGCCCCAGCUAGCAGAAACUACGAGGGUGGUUUCCGCAUCGAGCUUUGCAAGCACGUUUUGGAGAUGGGCAUUUCGUUGGCGGAUAUGGUCGGCGCGCGCACGAUUCUGGACAAGCCAACUCUGCAAGCUUUCGAAGAGGCGGCUGCAGACGAACGGUACAAAGGGAAAGAUGCGAGGGUCGUAUACAAAUGGCUCAAUGAGAGUGAGCGGUAG